AUGGCGCCCACCUUGAGCCUAGAUCCACCAGAGAAGCUGCUCAAGGACUGCCUCGCCGAUUGCGCACAAACCAUUCCCCCGCUCCAGAUACGCUUCGCUGGUGGUUGGGUUCGUGACAAGCUUCUGGGUAUCCAAAGCAACGACAUUGAUGCGGCACUCAGCACCCUCUCUGGCAAAGACUUCGGCAAGAUCUUCCAGAAGUUUUAUGAGCAACAUGGGGCGAAGUACAAGGAGACGGCUCGGGACCUGGGCAUUGGCAAUACAGAACUCAACAAGAUUGUGCUGGUGGAGGAGGAUGCAGAGAAAUCAAAACACCUUGCUGUCGCCAAGAUGAAGCUGUUCGGUCUUGAAGUUGACCUUGUCAACCUGAGGACGGAAGUCUACGCAUCUGACAGCAGAACGCCGGUGGUGCAGAUGGGUACUGCAGAGGAGGAUGCACUACGAAGAGACGCAACCAUCAACGCGCUGUUCUACAACAUACACACAGAGCAGCUAGAGGAUUUCACCGGCAAGGGAUUGGAUGAUAUGAAGAACAAGCUCAUGAGGACACCAUUGGACCCAUAUCAAACAUUCCGCGACGAUCCAUUGCGAGUGUUACGCCUCAUACGCUUCGCCGCUAGACUCGACUACAAUAUCGACCCUGCAGCCCAGAUGGCCAUGAAGUCACCCGAGAUACAUCAAGCGCUGAAACUGAAGAUUAGCCGAGAGAGGGUACGGGCAGAAAUCACCAAGGCACUGGACGGUCCCAGACCCGCCAAAGCGCUACUCUACAUCCACGAUCUCGGUCUUUUCUCGUCCUGCUUCGCAGAUCCAGCUGAGUCCAAUCCACCGUCUCCUCAAAAUUUACCUGAAACAUACAGCCACCUCGGCGAGAUCUUAGCAAAUGACCCCCUGAACCAAGGCCUCCAACUCCAUCAAGACAGUGCCGCCGUCCCCUGGCUCCUUGCCGCUUACACACCCUGGGCCUCCUCCAAGCCGGAAGACGCCGCCCUCGCAAUAAAAGAGGGCAUGAAAGCCACCGUCCGCGAAGCCAAGCUCCUCACCUCCGCCAUCACGAACCGACGCGCAAUAUCCGCCCUCGUCUCGCAAGUCUCCACCCCAGACAACACGACCACCCGCGGCACCAUCGGCAUGUCUCUGCGUCGCUGGGGCGCCUCCUGGGGCCACCAGGUCCUCUUCGCCCUGCUCUGCGAACUGCAGACCGAUCCUGCCGCUCCUCUACGCCGCUACGAAGCAUUCCUCCACCGCCUCGGCGAACUCGGUCUGGACGGCACAAAAGCCCUAGACGAGAAGCACGUCGUAGAUGGCAGGAAGAUCAAGGAGAUUCUCGCUCGCGGUGACAAGGGCGGACCGGCCAACAAGUUCGCCGCGGAUCUGGUCAUGGAAUGGCAGUUUGAUCAUCCCCGUGCGCAGGUGGAGGAGUGUGAGGAGAUGGUCAGGCGGAGGAGGGACGAGAUUCUGGGCUGCGAGGCGCGCAUGCUGGAGGGGAAGGGUGGUGUUGCGGCGCGGAAGAGGAGCUUGGAGGAGUAG